AGAGGCAGCCGGUUGACAUAUCCAAAGGCCGUAAUAUUUGUGUUGCUCUCAAAGUUUUUUGAGGCAUUUGCUGCAAAUGGUGUCCGAACCGUAUUGGCGUUGUAUUUGCGGGAUUCGCUUAACUUUACCGAGGAAUCAUCGAUGACAUUUUAUCAUGUCUUUAAUUUUUUCAGUCAAUUUUGUCCAGUGUUUGGCGCGAUCAUAGCGGAUAGUUAUCUGGGCAAUGUAAAAACUAUAUUUUAUUUAUUCUUUUUCUAUGCCUGUGGAUGGAUCGGUAUGGUGAUUUUAACAUUGCCACUCCAAACGGUACCAAUCACAUCUUUGGUUCUUACAUCAUUAAUACUGAUAUCAAUUGGCAAUGGCAGUAUUCGUGCCUGUGUCACGAGUUUGGGCGGCUCACAGUUUGAGUUGCCGCAUCAAUCAAGGGAUUUGGAUCAAUACUUUUCGCAUUACUAUUUCAUUUAUACGCUUGGCAUUAUGUUGGCCAAAAUUAUUCCUCCCGAAAUUAGAGCACAAACUCAAUGCUUCGGGCAUAAGGAAUGCUAUGCUGCCGUUUUCGGUGCACUCGGUACCGUCUUUUUAGUCGCUUGGGUUGUUUUCUUGUUGGGUAUGUUCCUGUACAAAAACGAAGAAAUGGGCGAAUCAAAGAGCAACAUUCUAUUCCAAGUUAUUGGAUGCAUUUACACUGGCAUCAAACACAAAAUUAGGAAAAUGCGCAACGGCCCGUCAGCAUAUUGUACAUGGAUUGAUGGCGCUUUGGAGCACUAUUCGGACAAUUUUGUUCGGGAAGUUUGCGCCGUUAUCAAGGUGUUGAAAUUAUUUAUCCCGCUACCGAUGUACUGGGCCUUAUUCAAUCAAAUUGAUUCGAGUUGGACAUUCCAAUCGUCGUGUUUGAACACAACCGUGUUUGGCUUUCGAAUCGAAGCUGAUCAAGCGAAAGCAGUUGGCGCUUUGUUGCUUUUAAUUCUAAUACCACUUUGGCAAAACGUUGUGAUUCCUGCACUUCUGGUGUAUAACGUUCGAAUUUCACCUCUGAAAAGCAUGGCGAUGGGUGGCUUCAGUGCCGUGCUGUCAUUUUUCUGUGCUGGACUUCUGCAAGUUAAAAUUGAACAUUCACUUCUAUCAAACACCGGUGAACAAUGGUCUAUAUUGUGGCAAUUCCCACAAUUUCUAUUGAUAAUGUUGGGAGAAGUCAUGCUUUCAAUACCCGGCUUAUCCUUCUCAUUUAAACAAUCACCAUACUCGAUGCGAUCGGUAAUGACUGCUGCUUGGUUCUGUAAUAAUGCGUUCGGCAAUCUGAUUGUGAUCGCCAUUACGGAAUUAGAACCGUUCAAAUUACAAAGCUCUGGAUACUUUUUGUACGCAUUUCUGAUGCUCUUUGCAAUCAUUCUGUUCUGCUGGCUGGCUAGCACUUACCAAUACUCAUAUUUUGAUAAUGUUAGCGAUAGCCAUAAUGCAGCUGACAGCAAUGACAACCUACUCAAACGACGGCCGAGCAAUGUGCCAUAUUCAACUCUUUCAUCACAAGAUGGACUCGAUCUUCUUUUUUAACAUGUUGCUUUUAUUUAAUAAUCUCAUUUUUAUUUUUCCUGUUUAAGUAUGUUGAACGCGAAAAAGAUUUCAAUAAAGUCCAUUUAUUGUGAGAAAUUUUUGAAAAAAUAUUCCACUUCGAGCAAACAGUCUUCUUCAAGAUCAGUACAAUGGACGGCAUUUUUUUUUAUCAGACUCACAGCAAGUGUCAAUGACUUUGAUUCAAGUAAUAAUGUUGGUUGUUUUUUCUGGAUCUACUUUUGAGAUUUCGUCCAUAUUAUUGAGGUAAAAUACUGUAUCAGUCAUUGCACCGUUUCCAUAAUGAAGACCAGCUGAACUUUCAUCACUUAUUAACCGUUCGGGAUCUUUAAAAUAUUUUUAGAAAAAUAAAGAACAAUAUAUUUUAUCUGUGUCAAUUCUUAUUCAUAAUAUUGAAUAAAAAUAUUCGUCAAUCUGUAGAAA